AUGUCGGGCUCUACACCUCCCGCAACACCGCUUACGGGGCUUUCGGCCACGACAGCCGGCUCAGGGAUAUCUCGUCCAGGCACUCCGGCCACCAUUCAUAGCGCAGCUCAACGGGGAGAUGUGGGACUGAUUAAGCAUUUGAUACAGACUGGCAGAGCAAGCGCAAACGAUCGAGAUCAAGAAGGCAUCACACCUUUGCAUUGGGCUGCUAUCAAUGCGCAUGUACCUUGUUGUGCGCUUCUGAUAGAGAAGGGCGCAGAGGUGGACGCGUUGGGCGGUGACCUGGUCGCCAGUCCUUUGCAAUGGGCAGCAAGGUGAGCAUCUGUAUCCUCAUCACCUCGAAUUGCCUGCACGCAGGAGAGUCGCUGAUGUUCAGCGCUCGCGUACACCCAGAAAUGGACACCUGAACGUCAUUCAUCUGCUGCUCAAAUCGGGAGCCGAUCCGACGAUUGCAGAUGCGCAGGGCUUCAACGCGUUACAUUUGGUGACGCACAGCAGUGCGGUGAUGCCUCUUCUAUUGCUACUACAGCACAAUGCAUUCGCCGCGCCUUCGGCACUGGAUAUCUCCGACUCUCAAGGGCACACACCCUUGAUGUGGGCAGCUUACCAAGGGGAUGCAUUAUCCGUUGACCUCCUACUGGCUCAUGGUGCGAAUGUGCACGCCAAGGACGCUACAGGUCUCACGCCCAUGCACUGGGCAGUAGUGAAGGGCAACAGACUUUGCAUCAGAAAGUUGGCUGGAACUGGAAGCGACCUUUGGGCGAAGGAAGAAGGUGGAAAGACUCCAAGAGAAAUGGCGGUGGAGCUAAAGAGCGAAGCUGCAUACAGGAAAGCACUUGCCGAUGUCGGUUUGUACGAGGAUGGGAGAAGGAAGAGUAGAGUAGCGGGAGAGGUGAGUGAAUCAAGGAAUGCGAAUGGCCAAGCUGGGCGCAAAUGGCGGGGGUCUCUUGUCCGAAGGGACCAUCGUGCCUGCCCUAAUCGAGCGCUGCCAUGCUAGCGAAGAGCUGCUCUUCCGAUCUGACGCUUGCCUCCUUGUCGCUCCUCAGCGUUCCGCACGGAUAGCAAUUGUUUUGUUGCCAUUCUUCUUCUUGGGCUUGAUGUUCACAACAUUAGGAGCCCUCCCCUGGUUCGUGGGAAUGCCAUUCGUAGCUGCCGAAUUCUUCGGUAUGCACCACGUCAUUACGCGCGUCUUGCUCGAUCCGCUGGAAGUAGACAGUUUGCAGCGCAGCACCUACUUCUUGGGCAUUGUGGCGGGAAGUGUUGCAUGGGUCGGAUGGGAGUGGGCGCGUAAAGUGGUUCAUGGUGAGUGUCACGAAUGCCGUGUCUCUGCCCCUUUGCUUCCCCACUGUAUCCUAAAUUUGGCUCACGCACUCAUAACGUCCUCUUCAGCUACUCCUGGCCACGCACUCGCCAAUUUACUGUUUGCGAUCGCCUUCCUGAGCUGUUCAUGGAACCUCUUCAGAGCAGCCACGUUGGAAGCAGGUUUUGCGCCGCUGCCACAGACCGAGGCGGAACGCAGAGACGUCAUCCUGCAGCUGGUAGACGAGGGAAAACUGAACGGAACGACAUACUGCAUCACUUGUCUUGUGAGUCUGGCUGUCAGGUAUUGACAUGUAACAACGAUUUCAGGCAACGUGCUUACACCAUCGCUGCCCGAUUCCGCAGACGAGGAGGCCAAUGCGGUCGAAACAUUGCCGCUUGUGUAAGCGCUGCGUAGCGCGACACGAUCAUCACGUAAGUAAGCAGAGGGGAGUGACCAUCUUGAUGUCCCUAACAUCAAGGCGACCUCUUCUUCGCCUGUCUGUGCCUCAGUGUCCUUGGGUGGCUUCAGUGAGUGCUAUGACUGCCGUCGAUAUUUGGCGCUUUGUGCUGAUCGUUCUCCUCCGGCAAUGGCAGUGCGUUGGCAUGAACAAUCAUCGUCAAUUUAUCGUCUUUGUUGGCUCUCUCGUCAUCGGUAUCCUGCUCUUCAUCUAUCUAGUCUAUCACUGUGGGUACAAGCAGUGCUGCGAGCUCCCGCAAGGCUUUUCAAGUAUCACUUACGCUUGCCGUCUCCCGCGCUUAGACUAUGCUCUCAAUGCGACGUACCCUUACGUGCCUUUGAUCACUGCCUCAUGUCUUCUCACGAAUGACCUGUGCAGCGCAACAGACUACGACUCUUUCCUCUUUAGCGUCACUCUAUGGGCUACUUUGCAGCUCACUUGGACCAUUAUCCUUCUCGUCGCCCAGACAUGGCAGAUUGCAAGACAGAUGACCACCCUUGAAGUGUCAAAUCUCGGCCGGUAUGGCUGGAUGGGAGGUAAAGGCGGUGUGAGUAGAUCUUGAUUGCGUCUGUUUCCAUUUUGCAUCGUAGCUUGGCCUGACUUUUUAGCUUCGACGUGCAUACCAACAGAGCUCAAUGACCUCUCAGACCAGCUUUAUGGAAGCGAGGGCCGCAAGGCUUGCAGCACAAGGCAUCUCGACCGACCAAUCCGACACUACCGCAGACGAUGACUUUGACGGCACCAGGCCUGGUUCAAUAGGUCCCGGCAGCCCUAAUAUUGGUGCAAGGCAUGGCCAUUCCCACGGUCCUGUAGCUGCCUUGAAGGGCGCUGGCAACUGGCUGCUGUCAAUCGUGGGCCUGGACCUCUAUACUCGGGGCAAAGCUGGAGAAGGAUUGAAGAAAGCCUCCGCAGCUGGAAACCCUUUUGAUUUGGGACUGGUCGGUAAUUGUCGAGGUGAGCUUCAAUGUCUCUUCUAUGCCACGAAAAAGGUCAAUCCCAUGAUUGACGCCCGAGCUUGCCCUGGCACAGACUUUUGGACCACCGGCAGGGAACUCGGAGUCGAUUACGCAACUCUGUACGAGAUUCCGGUGGGUGGCUUCCAAUCUUCCGCAAGGCGGCGGAGAAGGCGAAGAGUGCAUACAAUAGACGGACAAGAAAUUGAAUCAGGCUCAGACGAUGAGGACAACGAGGCUUCCGAAAGCGGUGCUUUGGGAAGAAGCGUCAGUGCUGGCAGGAGGAGAUGGAACAUGUGGAGAAAUUUGAACCUCAAUUUGGGCAGCGCUGCGGGAAUCGGAGCCUCUGGCAGUGCGAAUGGGUAUCAGCCUAUACAGCAAGACAAUCUUUCCGAUAGACCCGCAGACCAUGAUGCUGCGAGCAGGAUGGCUUAA